AUGGCUUCAGUGACUUCACUCGACAAGGACUUGCGCAAUAUGCGCCUGUCCCGCUAUACCCCGCAGGCAGCUGCGGAGGUGCGCGACUGGAUUGAGGAAAUGCUUCAUGAGAAACUGCCUUCGCAAGACUUGCUCGAAGGUCUCAAGAAUGGCAUUGCUCUCUGCAAACUGGUAAACCUCGCCGUGUCACCGGGCGUGAAGUAUAAGUCCUUGCCUGCGCCGUUUGUACAGAUGGAGAAUAUCUCGCAUUUCUUGCGCGCAUGCCAAAUGCCGCCGCUCAACCUCCCGCCGCACGACGUCUUCUUGACGGUUGAUCUCUACGAGGCGAAGGAUCCCGCGCAAGUUCUACAGUGUCUGGCAUCAUUCAGUCGCCGUGCCAAUGCCCUUGAGCCCAGCAAGUUUCCUCGUACGGUUGGCCCGCAGAGCAAGCGCAAUGUUAUCAGCCCCAACGCGACGGGAUCUUCCAGCGGGGGCUAUACUCCUCGCUCAGCCCGCUCCUCUAGCAAUGUAGGUGACACAAAACCAUCUUUUCCCGCUCGGACAGGCAGUCCGACAAAGCCUUCCGGGUCAUACAGUACUUGGGCCAAGAAAGGAGAUGAACAGGUAACUACUCCUGCCUGGAACAUCCACCAAUAUGGCUACAUGGGUGGAGCGAGUCAGGGCAACCAAGGAAUUGCGUUUGGUGCUCGCCGACAGAUCACGACACCUGGACCUGCUGUGCCAAGUCUUGCAGAGAAGGAAAAGCGCAAGCGUGAGGAGGAGGACAGAAUCCGUCAAGAGAAUGCAGAGAGGGAAGAGGCCGAACGUGCCCGCCGGCAACAGAUCGAAGAGGAAGAGGCUCAAGCCAAAGCUGAAGAGAAGCGCCGAUGGGAAGAAGAGACUGCCCGCGUAAGGGAGCAGGAGCGUAUCAAGAUGGAAGCGGAAAGAAAGCUUUGGGAUGAGCAAAAGCGUCAGUGGGAAGAGGAGGAGGCGCGCCACGCCGCGGAAGAGAAAGACGCCGAGAACCGCUUGGAGGAGGAGCGGCAACACAGACGCAGUCAGAACGACACUCGUCUCAACGGCCAGUUCUUGAGCCAAUACCAGGCUUCCCAGACUAGCAAUGCCUCCAGUGGAGUAAGAUCCGUCGAGGAGACACCGGAAAGUCGACGCAUCAAAGAGCUCGAGCGUGAGCUUCAGCAAGCAAAGGAACGGGAGCAUCAGUACCAGACCGAACGCCAGGAGCUUCAGUCUCCCAAACCCACCGACGAGGCCCGGUCUCGCAGCCGUCCACGUCCCGUGCCUCCUAAGCCAAGCUACAGUCUCUCUUCGCUUGAGCAAGAACGGCUACUACUCCGCGGUGAGUGGCAGAACAACCAGGAAAUGCCAGCCACCUCAGAGGAACCCGAAGCCGUCGAGGAACAAGCGCCGCCUCCAGCUCUUCGCCCUCUCCCAGAGCCCAAGCCAUCAUCCCUCUCUGCACAGCCAACACUCCCACCCAGAGAACUCCCUCAACCCCCUCGUCCUCUCCCGGACCCAGUCGCCUACAACGCCAACCGCAGCCGUCAAAGCCGCGUGGACAACUUCCUCUCCUCAAACCCAGCACCCGCCCCCGCAGCCCCAGCCGCCCACAGACCCCAAGACUACACGUCAACCGCCGAAGUCGACGAAGAGAACAGCCGACGCGUAGCCUCACAGCAGAAGACAAAGGCCGGCGGAUGGGCAUCGAAAUCUCUCCUCGAGCGUGAGAUGGAGCGCGAACGUGCCCGCCAGCAAGAAUGGGAAGAAAACCAGAAACAGACUGCCGCCGCUGCCGAGCGUGGUGUUAACGACCCCACUCAUGGCUCGGGGCCCGGUCAGUCGUGGGACGUUCAUCAGUAUGGUUACAUGGGUGGUGAUAACCAGAACCGUGGCGGUGUUGGGCUUGGUGUUGGUGGUGCUAGGCGUCAGAUUAUUGGGCCCCGGCCGCCUCCAUAA